AUGGCCGUUGCUGCUGCAUCGGUCGGCGAUGUUCCUGUGCUUUCAGAGGACGAAUGCGAGCGCUUAGCACAGACCUUUGAGAGGUCACGCGGAACAGACGGGUUCGUGGAUGCAGCAGAGAGCCAAAGGCUGUUGCGCCGCACAGGAUUGCAGGAGCAGCUUCUGGAAACCAUUUGGGACCUUUCAGACUUGGACCGUGAUGGUCGCUUGUCGCUCAGAGAGUUUGUCUGCGCCAUGACGCUUGCAGACCAGGCUCGGAAUGGCCAAUCCUUGCCUGUCGAACUGCAUCCGGAGCAGCAGGCAGGCUUAGCAUCUCGUGUGGAGCUUCUUGUGCAAGCAAGGCCACGUAAAGAAGAGUUCAGCACGGUUGAGACGAGUGCUAGCUUCCGUGCUCCUGCAGCAGGAGCAGGUGGCUUCGACUCGGAGCCCAGCUUGCCUCAUGCCUCUUCGUUGACUACGACACCUGCACGUGGGCGUGACUCGACACCGCGGCCGUUGACGGGUGCCGAAGGGCGAGAGCACACCUUGGAUGCGAAAGUUCCUGAGACGCUGACAAAGCUCGGGCAGCUUGCAACUGUUUUGAAGCUCGUCUCUCGUGCGGACCCCGGUGAUGAGCUUCGAAAGCUUUGCCAGGAGGUCCUGGAGGAGCGUCGACGUCUGGAGAAUCGGCUGGACCGACGGCGCGAACUCGAGGAGGCGCUGCGAGCGGCCAAAGGACGCCUGGACGAGGUCCAGGAACGCCAUCGCAGAGUGGAGUUGGAGAGUGCCGCGACCAAGUGUCGCAUCUCAUACCUGCAGGAUGAGUUGGUCUUCGUGACACGCGAAGUCAAGACUGUGGAGGAGGACUUGGAUGCCCUUCGACAGGCUUGCGGCCUGGGUGACAAGGAGAUGCGGAGAAUGCCAGCGCCGUAUUCCGACCCUCAGGAGGAGAGACGUGACGUCCUGACAAAGGUGAAAGCCGAAAGGGAGCUGCUUCUCAAAGACCAGAAGGCAGUGGAGGAGCUCCGCGGAAAGCUGGAACGGGUCUUCGAGCAGAAGCUCGAAGCCCAGACGAAGCAGCAGGCGCUAUUGGAGAAGCAGCGCCAAUGCGAGCAAGACAGGGGCCUUGCCCUCACCGCCAUCGAGGCAGACAAAGCCAAGCUGCUGUCGAUGCGCUCGGAAAGAUUGAGGUCUUGGCAGGACAUCGCAGAUCUCGAAAAGCAGCUUCAGGAUGUGGACCAGGAGAAGCUUCUGGUUUCGCGCCAAGCUGUUGGCAGGAAUGUGCCUUCUGCUCCAAGAAGUGCUGAGGUGAAUCGGAGCAAAGGGGUGCCGCACGAGUCCAUGCCCUCGGUUGUCUACGGCAGUGCUCCGGCUGCCCGAGCUGCCCGAGCGUCCGAGGAAGCGCCAAGUCACUGGAGAGUGACUCCAGAUCCUGUCCGUUUCCCUGCCAUGGAGGCUCAAAGCCUUGCGACCGCUCCAGGUCUGCGCGCCGCCUUCACACAGGCGCCGAACCCAGGUGCAGGCUACAUGCGGCACGAUGGCCGUGGAAUUCGAGCUGAUGCGUGA